CCGUUCACUGGAAAAAAAAAUAACUAGUAAAAUACACAAAGCAAACUAGUAAAAUUACUGUCCAUACAAUCACUAAUUUAAAAGUAGUUUUUACUAGGUGUUAAGUAAGUUUACUAUUUGUUAACUAGUAAUUUAACUAAUCAGACAGUAAAACAUUACUUCAGUCAAUAGUAAAUAUUAGUAUGCAUUCAGUAGAUUUACUAAUUUUCCAAGAUAACAUCAAGAACUUUAAUCUGAAGUUAAAAGUCGACAUGAUCUUCUGGUCAAUCUUGAUUGCGAUGGGGGAUGUAUCUUCUGUGGAAUUUCUUGAACCUGUAAUCAGGAUUUCUCAAACUUUUCUUUACACAGGAUUGAUAAACAGUCAUCAGCAUCUAAAUAAACAAAAACAGAACAAUUUGUUAAAAUGUAUUAAGUUGCAUAUUAAAAAAUAUCAAACUGUGUGUAGGAUUUCUAAUAAAUAAACAUCAAAACUAAAAAAAAAACAGUCAUAAGUUCAAUGACAAACCUUUUAAGUCAAUGUUUCCUCUCCAGCAUCCCAAUAAAAAUGGCGUCUCGCAGAAUAGAGGUUGCUGCAGUUUUCGUGGGCAACACGGGCCACGAUGCUUAUGACGUCAUAUUUCUAGUUACAUCACUAUCUUGCUUAGUAAAUACAUUACUUACUAGUCAUGAGCAAGUCUUUACGAGGCAUCCUAGUUAAAUUAACUAGGUAUUUUUUUUUUCAGUGUUGAGACUUGUUUUGACUUCGGCAUUUUCCCCGUUUUGCUUUAUAGCCUACGACUUAGGAUUUAAAACUGACUUUCUGAUUAUAUUCGACCCAUCAAUGGUGCAUCAUGUACCCUGUAUGCAUGCAGGAUAAAAUUGAAAUCCAUCAACAUCGAAUAAUAUUAACGAUUAAUCGACAAAAUAUCAAGUCAAAUAUAUAUGCAAUAAAACCUAAAGGCUUAAAUUUUACUACAUCAAUAUAUCCAGAUUAAUCCGAUGAACUACAUUAACUCAAAUAUUAUUUGUCACAGAAUUUCAAACCUUCGCUUCCACCCGAAAAUAUUGAAAAGGAAUCUCAAUAUACCUGGCGAAUUACCAAUACGAAAUGUAAAUAUGUUAAAAGAGUAUUUUAUAGAAUUUAAAUAGUUUCAUUGUUAUUGAUAUCUGUAUUAAUAUAGGGAGGUGACCAUUCUACAUUGAUCCAGUGCCUUUUUAUGGGAUUCGAAACUAUGACUGUGAGAUGUAUGAGAGUUUGACUUCUAGGCGGGCAAUUCUACUUUCACUUUUUAAACGGUAAGUUGAAAAGAGCAUUUUGCAUCUUUGAUGUAAAAUAUCUCGAAAAGGAAUCAAAGACCCUUUUGCAAAUUUGGCCUUGUUGGAAAGGUUAGGAUUUUUGCUGAAAGUCGAUUUCUGUCAUUAUACUGGGAAUUUUUUUUAUUUUUUUUGGAAUUAGGAGGGGUUGAAAAUGGGUAUAUUUUCCUCAUUUUUGUUGAUUUUUUUACUUCCAGGAUGGCAGGUGCCUGAGUGUAUCUCGACCCAUUUCCAUGCUAGCAGCAGAUGUCAUGAUGAACCUUUAAAAUCUUUCACAUAUGUACUUUCAAGAACCAUAUACAUUAUUUUUGAAAAUUGGUUGCCAUGGUAAUAAAAUCUGAAAAUUGAGACAUGCUCCCGAAGGCGAAAUAUUUUCCUCCAUUUCCUGGUAGUUUGAGACAGUAAAAACAAAUUUUAUUAAACAUCGCUGCAACUACAAAUUCUCCGGAAUAAAAUUCCGGAAUAAACAUCUCUCAAUAUUUAUUCUGGCUUAAAUAACCUAAUUUAUUGUACAGCAAUAAAUUAUAUUAAAUCUUUUGGUCAAUCGAUAUGCUUGGUCACCUGCGUUUCAUGAUCAUGUGCUGUGCUAAUAAUCACAGACUUUUCUACGCACGAGCACCGUAACAUUUACAAUGCGGGACUUUCGAGAUACGGAUCCACUCUGACUUUUAUCGUGCGUUGAACGUAAUUUGUAGAGCAUGUCACUUCCGGAUUACAAUAACAACUAAGUAAACAAGCAUGGAAUACUUCAUUUACUAUCAAAUUCCUGCAUUUAAAUGCUAUCUUUGAAAGUAAGGAAUCACUACAACCAUUUUAUAGGAAAAUGCAUUUUAUUAAAUUAUGUGAGUUGUCCUUUCACCAAGUGUCCGGGAUUAGUUCUAAGUGACAAGAAAAGAUAUGGGUAACACCAUAUAUAUAUCCAUAAUAUUCGAUUUAUUGGGGCUUCAUGAAAAGUAUGCCGGUGUAGAGGCAAAUUUUGACUCCCAUAGAAUAAUGACCGGGGAUCAUUAUUCUAUCGUAGUCAAAAUUUGCCUCUACACCGGCGUGAAGCGUUGCAGUUCAUGCCCUCGUGUAUUUUCAAUUUUUUUUUUUUUUAUAUUUACAUUAUUCUUUCAUUUCUGAAAGCCAUUAAAAUAUAUGCACUAUAUUUAUCAAGAUCCAUACGUGAAUUGUUCACAACUGCAUCGUAUUAAUUAUUAUGGAGAUU